GCCAGUUUUAAGCAUUAUCUAGUACGUAGUGGUGACCGUAGUCUCACAGAUUAUGUAUUUAAUGGCGUUAUAAAACCUGUAAAGUUGACUCUACGUUACAACACGUCAGUGUGUCUGUUUCAUGGCGGAUUCUACAACGUGUCUCUCGGUGUAAAGUCAUUUGAAGCUCGCGACACCGGCAGCUGUCCUUCUAUCUCAGUUUCUGAGGCCAACUUUGUGUUUUAGCAGUAAAUAAAAGAUGAGCAGCCCAGGAGGGAGCAGUGGGUCGAACAAACCAUCUGAGAUCUUUAAAGAACUGUGGACACAGCUUGGACAGUGUCACCAGGAUGCACUUGAAGAGCUGGAAGAAAAAGUGAGCAAAUUGAAAAAGGAUCGUUGUUUAGAUGCUCAGAGGCUAGAGGUGUUUUACAGUCGUAACCGACAGCUGAAGGAGCAGAACAAGAACCUGCAGGAAGCUGUCGGCCUCUUGGAGGAAAGGCUCCGAGCAGGAGAGUGUGAUCGAUGUGCUAUUUUAGAGGAGGAGCUGAAAACCAACCAGGCGCAGAAUCUGCGCCUCAUCGCCAAGCUGAAGAAUGAAAGAAACAGCCUUGAGGAGGAAAACAGAAAAACCCAAGCUGAACUGCAGAAAUUAAAGAUGUCUUGCUCAGAGCCACAGCAGUCCUCGGAACAAGAAGAAGGCAUCAUCCCAGACUCUCCAGUCCUGCCGAGUUCGCUGCCCGCUGUAAACCGGCUGAAGAAAUGUAAAAAUAUGGACAAAAACAGACGUGUUCGCUACGCAGAACAGCCUUUACCACACUGUAACAACUCGCUCUUCAGAGAGACGAACAAGGAGCCUGUUGAUGCCUCAAAUCAUCCUAGAAGAGCAGAAGUGCUUGUGCCCAACACAUGUGACCUGGAAUUUUCUCAAAUGUCAAAUGAGAAUAAUGAAAGAGAGGACGUGGUCGCAGAAACGUGUGCCCUUGAACUUUUCGACAAGCAUCACAUGAGACCUGGAAUGACUUCAGAGCAACAACAGAGCCGUUCAAACACUUCAUGGAAGAAUGACAUUCAUUCAAAGCCUUGCUGCUCCUCCUCCUCCUCUUCAUCCACGCGGAUCCCCAGUCCAGACUCGACCACAGUGAGGUCCCCGUCAAUGCUCCCCACAGUCAAGAGGUUUUCACAAGACGGCUCCAUUCACAAAGCAAAAAGGAAGAAGGAGGAAAGUGAGCAAGAGGACCACAGACAUAGGACUAAGGAAACGGUGAACGCACAAAGGGAAGGCAAACACGUACGACCUGAAUCGAUCAUACGCGCCUCCACACCUUUAAGCAAUCAAAGCUUUGUGAAGCAGCCACUGGACAGCAAGGUAUGGUCGUCACAGAACGGACCCUAUGUUUCCUGUGCAAGUCCUGUUUUCAAGAAGCCAGACGGUAAAGGAAAAGGUGACAGCGUCGGGAGGAAAAGAAACCCCCUGCAGGACGUCAGCAUGUCACAUGACCAGCAUGGAGCAGAGAAUGCUGAGAGGAGGCCCAAAGUGGAGCCCAAAGUGGAGCCCAAAGUGGAGCCCAAAGUGGAGCCCACAUGGAGCAUUGACCCAGCGCUCACCAUGUCCAUGUACGACAGCGAGUGGAGAGGAGACGAGCAUCAUGGAGAAAUGGUGGACACCGACUGCACUUGGGUCAGUCAUAGCAUGCUCCAGGCCCAGGGAGAUAAGGGCCAGGACAGAGAGGACAGUGUUUGUGGACUUGGCGAGAAGGCGAAUGACAGCUUGGAUAUGAUGUUUGACACCACGGGUUAUGGGGAGUACAAGUCUUACAACUGUUCACACUCGGGCCAAAGCCAAACCCGUGCUGCUGCUGCUGCUGAUGAUGAUGGGGAGGAGGAGGAGGAAGUGGACGAAGAAGAAGAAGAUGACAAUGGUGAACAAGAAUCUCCUGGAAACACUCCAGGUCAAAGACGAGCACGACACCCGACAUUUGCACACGUGGCAGUUGUUCGCAAAAAAGACGAGAGAAGAAAACUCAAGGGCACGACCUGCAAGGAGUGUGAAAUUUAUUACGCUCAUCUCCCAGAGGAGGAGAAGCAGCAGAAGCUGUCUUCCUGCUCGAGGCACCGUUUCCUUUACAUCCCUCCGUCUACUCCUGAAAACUUCUGGGAAGUCGGAUUCCCAUCGACACAGACAUGCGUCGAAAGGGGUUAUGUAAGAGAAGAGAAGAGUCCUCAGGCACGUUUACGGAGAAGACAACCGUUAAACGCUUUGUUCUCCCCAAAGCAGGACAGUCACCACUUGUAGCAAGUAAACAAAAAAGAGGAAACAUGUGGCACUGAGGAGUAAAGCUAAGUGUUAUCUGGUAUAUUGUCUGAAUGUGUAGACUGAUGUAUACUUGAGAUAUGAUUAUAUAAAUAAAAGUUGUUAUUGUUGA